AUGAACCCGAUCGUCUUUAAUAAACUCAGUAGCCCGAUGCUGUUCGAGGAGAAAGCCAGUGAGGUGGAGAGGAGCAGCAGGAAUUAUCUGGAGGUGAUCGACGGACAGCAUGCGGAUCUUCUCUCCAGAGACAGUUCCGUUAUGCGCCAUCGGAGACCCGGGUCUCGCCAGAGCGGAGGAAAGGUCCGGCAUAAGCGACAGGCUCUUCAGGACAUGGCCCGACCUCUUAAACAGUGGCUCUACAAGCACCGAGACAAUCCCUACCCCACCAAAACAGAAAAGAUUUUGCUGGCACUUGGCUCGCAGAUGACACUGGUGCAGGUUUCUAACUGGUUUGCAAAUGCACGGCGGCGGUUGAAGAACACAGUGCGACAGCCAGAUCUCAGCUGGGCUCUCAGGAUUAAACUCUAUAACAAAUACGUGCAGGGCAAUGCUGAAAGACUUAGCAUUAGCAGCGAUGACUCCUGCUCAGAAGAUGGUGACCCAACUGCUCGAGCUCAGGUGGGUGAAUUCAGUAAGCCCAUAUAUCAAAGCGUCAUCAAAAAAGAAGGCAGCAGCAUGGGCGCAAGCCUUCAGGCAGCCACAGAUGCCUCUCUGGCUGAGGACUAUGUGUCCCCACCUAAAUACAAGAGCAGCCUGCUUCACCGCUACUUGAACGACUCGCUGCGUCAUGUGAUGGUGGCUAACGGCAUGUCAGAUGCCCGCAAAAGGAAUCACUCUGGCUCCUUCAGCUCCAACGAGUAUGAUGAAGACCUCCUGUCGCCGUCUUGCUCAGAGACAGAAGCCAACUUUGUGUAUCGUACAGAAGCAGUGGACCGUGGAUCAAGUAAAUGUGACAAGUUGUGUGUGUGUGUGUCUGUCUGUCUGUCUGUCUACAGCAGAAUCAUGUCAAAGGAGAAAAUCCGUGGAAAAACUGAGACAUACUGGAGAGAGAUUAAUGCAGCCAUGGCACUAACUAACCUGUCUAAACCUAAGGAUGGUGCUCCUACCAGCACUACCAGCUGCAUCAUUCAGAAAUCCUCUCAUAUAGCUGAAAUCAAGACUGUCAAAGUGCCUAUCAUGCACAAGUACUAGCACCUGCUUCACCUGGAAAAAAGACAGGACUUAAUUUCCAUUUUUUUUUCUUUUGGUUUAAAUUUUGUGGUACUUAUAAAACAGUCUUCUAAGAUUUUUUUUUCAUUUAAGUCAUUAAU